CGACACCGCGGGAGGAAACAACAACGAAACCAAACACACCCGGAGUCAGUCCAGCUGAAAGUCCUGAAGACGAACAGGGCCAGAGGAGUCCGGAGUCCUGAGGGUCAGUCUGGAUACAAACACACCGAGACACGGAGACUAAAUCCAUUCAAAACUCAAACACCCGGACAGACAGGAGGACUCUGUGUGCUUUGUUCACUUCAGCUCCGGAUACAAAAAAACAAGUUUCAUGUUUAUCUUUUAAUCAACAGUUUCGGUUUGUCUUUUGUGCUGCUUUUCAUCGACACAGUUUAAUUUUAUUCAGACUGUACAGAAGAUUCUCAACAACUAACUAACUAACUAACUAACUAACAGCUGACUGACGGGUCGGUUAAUUGCGCAACCGAGAAGAGAAGAAGAAGAAGAAGAAGAAGACGUCAUCACCGGACAGGCAGCUCCAGUUAUCCCAGUAUCAGAGCUGCUGCCUCUAGUUUGAGUUCAACUUAAAAAAAAAAAAGAAAAAAAAAAAAAGAAACGUUUUUAUGCCUUCAGCAACUUCUACAACAUAGACAGACAGACCAUCAGCUCCACACUGACUCUACUGGGUUUCUACUGAUUCUACUGGAUCUACUGGUUUUCUGUUUACCUGCAGUGCGGAGCGGUCUGUCUGUCUUAGGAGCACAAGAUGAAUAUGGGUGUGGCAACAGCCAGGUCUCAGCUGUGUCUGAAGAGACUAUUGGACGAACCCCAGGACAACUUACCGAAAUGUAAAAGAGCUUGUCUGGCUCCUCCCCCUCCCACCACCGGCCUAUCACCAUGCCUCAGGCCCAGCAGCCCCACCCCCAAGUCCAGCCAGAGCCAAUCCCAGUUCAGAGUCGGACCGUACUUCCUCUUUGAGCGCUGUGAGGGGGAGGAGACUUACAGGGCCGUGCACACGCACACACAGCAGCAGUACACCUGCCAGGUACUGCCACUACGUGGUUACCAGGAGAGGUUGGCUGCCUAUGCCCGGCUCGGUCACCAUGAUAACAUCUGUGGCCUGCUGGACGUGGUGAUUGGCCAGGACAGCGUGUAUGUCUUCCUGCCCGGUCACCAUGGCGACAUGCAUGCUUACGUCCGUAGCAGGAAGCGUCUGGGCGAAGAGGAGGUGGGGCUUCUGUUCGCUCAAAUGCUGAAUGCCGUAGCACACUGCCAUCACCAUGGAGUUGUCCUGCGAGACCUGAAGCUCCGCAGAUUCGUCUUCACUGACAGAUACAGGACUCGUCUUGCUCUGCUCGGCCUCGACGACUGUGUCCUCCUGCACGGUGACCAUGGCGACGACUCUCUCACAGACAGACACGGCUGCCCUGCCUACGUCGGGCCCGAGCUGCUGGCCAAUGGGAAUGCAUCAUACUCAGGGCGUGCUGCAGACAUCUGGAGCCUGGGCGUGUCCCUUUACACAAUGCUGAUUGGACGAUACCCAUUCCAGGACACAAAGCCCGCUGCGCUGUUCGCCAAGAUCCGCCACGGGGCCUUCAGCCUGCCUGGCUGGUUGUCACCGCAGGCAAAGUGUCUGAUUGGCUGCAUGCUGAGGAAGUCGCCUGCAGAGAGACUGGAGGCGUCUGAGCUGCUGAUGCACCCGUGGCUGACCAAUCCCUGCAUGCCACGUCACAACACACACACGACGCAUCACGGCUCACACAAAACACUACAGAACAAACACGAGGACGAUGACCAGGUGGUGCCAACAUGGACUGAAAAACACUAACAUACACGUUUGUAUUUCUAUACUUGUGAGGACCAUCGUUGAUAUAACGCAUCCCCAAGCCCCCAACACUAAACUUAACCAUCACAAUUUAAUUACACUAACACCACUUAACCUAAACUUGAUUAUUACUCAAAACUGAAAACCAACUCUGAACCCUCAGUAAGCCCUCAGAAAAGAAAAGGACCUAACUCCCACAGUCAAAAACUCAAGUUGGUCCUCACAAAGAUAGACAUACAAGAACACACACACACACACACAGACUAAAGAGAUAGUCUGAUCCUGGAUUACUUGACCCUCAGGUGCCUUCAACUCUCUGCAGCUGUGGCUCAGUUCAAGUCCUGCAUAUGAAGGUGAAUCCUCCAGUGGACUGAAGGUGCAGUCAGACCAGAUUUCACCACGUGAAAUCUACUCACGCGCUGCGGCAACAACAUAAUAACAUGGCUAAUGACAGCAAAAGUUGUAAAUUAUGCAGCUUCUUAUCAACAGUUUUACUUUUUACCGUCACACGUGUCAGGAAGGAGAUCCACCUUCUCUGAUGCUUUCAUUAUUUCCCCUGAAGCUCUAAAAACAAGACUAUAAACAUUCAGUGUUUCCUGAAUGAGAGGUCAGUCGCGCCCUUCCUCAUAAACUGGCAUUAGAGAACCUUUGAGUUCAAACUGAUUAAACUAUGACGGGAGCAAAUGAGGCAAUGCUAAUUUACAACUGAAAGUGAAUACGUCUUGCCCUGUUCCUCAGGGAAAUAAACGGGGCACCAAAUCUGGUCUGACCGCACCUUGAGGCCUGCUCCUCCUGAGGAGGAUUCAUAACAGAGUCACCAGUAACUGACAAAAACCAGAGCUAAUGGUGUGUUCAGUAGCAGUUUAACGAUUAAUAAAUCAAUCUAGCUUCCAUCGGUGUGUCCAGAUGUGUGUAACUGAGCGUCACAGCCUCUGUGUACAGUACAGUAGUGAUGAAGAACACGUCCAGGAUGACGACAAGAACAAACAGUGGGCUUAAUAUUCACAUUUAUUAUUAACAACUAUUUCUUAUUUAUUGGUCCACUUCAACACACACCUGAGAAUUAAAACCUGGUUACAUGAUCAUUUGUGGCCUGAACACGGCGUUGGUUUUAAAAUGUGGACUUUGAAGGAGACAGAGCCGAACAUCCAUACUACAUACAACUUCUGAGCAGGUUUUGAGUAUAUAGCGAGAGGAAAAGUGGAAAAAAUGAAGUAAACCAGAUAGAAAGCAUACUAAAUAGUCGAUUUUUGAAUGUGUUGUUUAUGGAAACGAUUCUCCCAAAAUGCAAUGCAAAAAGAAAUGGUGGGAAAAAAUUAAAAUAAAUUUUGGGUGGUGUUGAACCAAAUCCAGUAUGAAAUCUUAGGAAAAACAUUUUAACAUCUAUGUUCUCCAGAACAAAGUCACACUUUGUCACACACAAUCAAUAGCCUGUCAGCCUAUUGAUUGUAAAUGAAUUAAUCUAAAAGACCAAUACAUUAGGUGAUUGUUUUGUUUUUGUUCUGGAGAGCAUAAACUGCCUUUUUCUUUUUAAAAGUCAGAGCACCGACUGAAUUUCAUUGCAGGAGAAAUGCACUGUGAACAUCUUAAUAUCCAUUUGUGAAGUUUAAUUGGCAGUAACUUUCCAAAGUUGCAGUAUGACUAACAUCUGAGGUUGCACAUAUUGCAUCAUUUCCUGUUAGUAUAAAAUGGUAAAAUAUGUUUUUUUUUUUUAUACUUAUUGCUGAGAUUGUCUACAAUGACGAUGAGUAUGUAGUAUGGAUUUGGUUACACAGCUACCUUCUUUCUCUCAGAGUUUACACUGUCUGGUUCCUCCCUAGGAUUAUAAGA